AUGGUUGCGCGCGGGGCUACAAGCGGCGCGGGGCGGCACAGGCGGCAGAAGCACGGGAGGCCCCGACGAGAGCGGGAAAAGGAGCUGGAGGGGGCGGAGCGGGCAGGAGGAGGAGCCGGAGAGACGGGGCUGGAGGAGGAGGAGGAGCCCGAGGAACCGCAAGGCGCAGCCGCAAGUCUCGGAGGAGGAGCUGGAGGGAGGCGGAGCUGCGGGAGGAGGGGCGAGAAGAAAAGGAACGCGCAGUCGCGGAAUCCGGAGGCGGAGCUGGAGGGCCCCGGACGGAGGAAGGAGGGGCUGCGGGGUGGGAAGAACGCGAAAGCGCAGCCGCGGGCUCCGGAGGAGGAGCUGGAGGGGGCAGAGCUGCGGGAGGAGGGGCGAGAAGAAAAGGAACGCGCAGCCGCGGAACCGGAGGCGGAGCUGGAGGGCCCCGGACGGAGGAAGGAGGGGCUACGGGGUGGGAAGAACGGAAAAGCGCAGUUGCGGGGCUCGGAGGAGGAGCCGAGGGCGGAGGAGCGGGAAAGCACAGCCGCGGUUCCGGUGAAUGCGGCAACCCUCCAGCCAGAUCGCAGCAACUCAGAGGACUCAGGUGGCCCCCAGCAGCAGCAGCAGCCCUCAACCUCUUUGGAGGCGCCACUUUUCCCUCCCUCCCUGCAGACAGGAGCCAAAAGGUUUUCUCAAGAGGCAAAUACAGGCAUAGGAGAAGGCGAUGUGUUACAUGGUGAUGGAGGACGCGCAGUGUUAAUGAUGCUGGUCACAGUUUAACAUUCCUCAAUGAAAACGCAUUAAACAGGGCUGAGCAAUGGAAGAAAUGGCCCCUAAGAGAAUGCCAAGACACCCCGAUGCAUCCAUUCUACCGUGUAUGUUUCACUGGGAGUAUGACAAAUAAUUUACAACUGAUUAUAAAAUGCUAAUGUUUAUAAAUUAUUCUAAAAUAUAAGUUAAAAUGGAUACAAGUUCUUUUUCUGACUUUUAUUUCUCUGUCCUAUCCUUUUCCCUUCUAUUAUUUAAAGAACAGUUUUUAAAUAGAGAGGCGAGGAUAAUGAACACUCAUAAGCCCAUCACCUAGAUUUAGCAGCUUGUCACAAUUUUGCUAGAUUUGCUUCAUCUAUUAUUUUCGGAAGUAUUCUAAAUUAUAGGCAUAGUAUAUUCACCUCAAAAUUAUUUAGUCUGCAUCUGUAAAAGUUAUAUAUAAUAUACAAAAAAAUUAACUCAAAGUGGAUCAAAGACCUAAAUAUAAGAGCUGAAACUCUAAAAUUCUCAAGAGAAAACAUAGGUAUAAAUCUUCACGACUUUGGAUUAGGCAAUAAUUUCUUCAGUUUUUUAUUUUUUAUUUUUUGUCUUUUUUUUAGG